UACCCGAACAGGAACAAUACCCCAACUCCAGUGAUAAAAUAGGGAUGGAGAUUGGAAUUUCAAUUAAACAUAUCACCGAAUGAGACAAAUGGUAAAGUAUUGGCAGUUGCUAUAGCCUAACUACGUUUACGCCGUUGAACUUCUGAAAGUUUUUAUUUUGGGUGAUUCCGACUCCGAGAGGAUUGGCAGGACAUAGUAACUUUCAGCGACUGGAAGGAUAAGGACCAACCCAGCUGUAUUUUACAAUCUCCGUUUUAAAACAACUGGAGGAACUGUGACCGGGAUAAUUACAAGGACAUUUGUGUCAAAGAAGUGCAAGGGGCAUUCAGGACCUCUGCUUACAAAUGGUAGGUAGUGUUGCAGCAAUGGAAGAAUCCAUGGACGACUAUAACAAUUACACCUACGAUUAUCUGGAGUAUGGAGACUUGGAAGAAGAAAAAGUCAGAGAUGGAUACUCUCAAAGGGAGGCUAUACACAUCAUAUCAGUAGUCAUGUAUAGUAUUUCAUUUGUGCUCGGUGUCACUGGCAAUGGAAUAGUCAUAUGGGUGAUGACAUUUAAAAGCAAACGGACAGUGAACAGUGUAUGGUUGCUGAACAUGGCUAUAGCAGAUUUUGUGUUUGUGCUCUUUUUACCCUUCUCUAUCGACUACGUUCUUCGAGACUUCCACUGGUCCUUUGGGCUGGUCAUGUGUAAGCUAAACUCGUUUGUGUCUGUGAUGAACAUGUAUGCCAGUGUGCUCUUUCUCACAGUGCUCAGUCUAGACAGGUAUGUCUCAUUGAUUCACCUUAGCUGGUCUCAGAGGUGUCGCAGUGUAUGGCGAGCCUGGAUCGUAUGUGGCUGUGUGUGGGGGGUGUCUGCUCUACUGAGCCUCCCUACCCUGAUAUUCCGUGACACUGUGAGUUACCGUGACCGGGUGAUGUGCUUCAACAACUUUAAUGUCCAGGAUAGACAUACAGCUGCUGUGAGACACAUUACGUUGGUGGUCAUCCGUGCUGCAGUGGGAUUCCUACUGCCUUUCAGUGCCGUCUGUGUGACUGGAAUUCUCCUGGCAAUCAAAGUCCACCAGUCGGACGAUUCUGUGUGCCUGUCUAGCUUUUCUAAGACAGUUUCAGCUGUCAUUCUGGCCUUCUUUUUGUGCUGGGCACCAUUCCAUACCCUUAGUUUAAUGGAGCUUUCCUUAAACUCAUCACUGUACCUACAUGCUGUUCUGAAGACAGGCUUUCCUCUUGCUACUAGCUUAGCCUAUUUCAACAGCUGCGUCAACCCCUUCAUCUACAUGCUGGUGGGUAAGAAGGUUCGCCAGCUCCUGAAACGCUCGUGUCUGGACAUCACAAAGAGUACUCUGCGGGAGCUCAACCAGUCCAUCUCUGCAACUGAAUCAGUGCCUAUAGCAGACAUAAGACCUCCAUACAUCAGUUCACCACAGGAUCCCACAGAAUCAUCAACGGUUUGAUUAUACUGACCUAAUCCCACAGUUACCUAUAGCAGAAACCAUCAGAAACUGCCCUUUGACCUAAUCCCACAGUUACCUAUAGCAGAAACCAUCAGAAACUGCCCUUUGACCUAAUCCCACAGUUACCUAUAGCAGAAACCAUCAGAAACUGACCUUUGACCUAAAAGAGCCAGCCUGACCAUUAUUUUAGUCCAAAUGUGACUUAUUUUAUAUUUUACUUCAGUGUAACAUUUGUGCUAGUUGUUUGAGUUGAAUACUUCCAAGUAGCAAUUACUUUGAGUGCCAACGUCUGUUUGAGUGACCUCAUAGGAAAACUUGAGUAAAGACGUGCGCUAAAAGUAUAACUUGCACAGGGGAAAAGAGGCAACUUUAAUGAUUUUAAAAAGAAGUAUCUGAUCCUAUUUACCCUGAAGACAAAUAGGAAAGGAGGCCACCCUUCCCCACUUUAUCUGUAACAGACUGUCUCUGGAACAGGUUGUCUCUGGAACAGGCUGUCUCUGGAACAGACUGUUUCUGGAACAGGUUGUCUCUGGAACAGGCUGUCUCUGGAACAGGCUGUCUCUGGAACAGGCUGUCUCUGGAACAGGCUGUUUCUGGAACAGGCUGUCUCUGGAACAGACUGUCUCUGGAACAGGCUGUCUCUGGAACAGGGAUGAUUAGAAGCAGAUCUACCAUUUUCAUAAACACUUUGUAUUUAGAUUUCGGUCAUCAAACAAAUCCAAGUUUAACCCUGACGGGAAUUUAGUCCUUCUCUUUCUUAUUACGUUGAAACAUUUGCCAUUACAAGUUGAUUUGCUGUUGUAGUGUACUCUGUUAUUAUAUGGCUGCUGUACACAUGUACACAAAUUCUAUUAGGUCGUUCUUUAUAUUUUCUAAUUAUAUUAAGCGUAUAAAUUAAUCUCAAUGUUUACAUGACAUUUUCCAAUCGUGUUCACAUUAUUGGAACACUAUCACUGUGUGGGAUUUUUUUUGUGGGAAUUUGAAAUAUAUGAGGGAAAUUUGGCAUGCAAUUGAUUUGUUAAUUGUAAUAUACUUGAGUCAAAGGAAUAAACAAUGAAUCCAAUCCGU